AGUAUACCAAAUUUAUGUUGAGAAGAUCCUAAUUCAUUGAUGGUUUUAAAUACAAAUAUGACUAUGACCCACAACUCCCUUCUAUCAAAAUCAAUUGUCACCACCAGGCGCUGAAUACUUUUUCUAGUGUCCUUCCGAGUCCAUUAUUUAAAGGGCUAGCCGGUAUAGAGCAGCCUAACUCACGGCAAACAUGGCGAUCCAUCAGCCUCUGUUUGAAACCCCCAAAGCCUCUCCCUGUAAGAGACUUUGUUUACUUCUUUCCUUGCUUGCUAUUAUCAGCUCAAGCGCACUUGUCGCAACCCAUUUGAUCAGAACCACAUUUUCCAUCAUUGCUCCACUUCCACGCCUCAUCGGCAAUGAAGCACUCGACAGGGAAUCAUGCUUAGCCCUGAAGGUGAUCAUGGAAGUGGCCCGAUCCACGCCGAUGGACAAGGCUCGGCCCCUUCAGUGCUUCCUCCAGAAAACCAAACCCAACAUUCACAAAACCAUCAAACUGGCCCACGAAAUUAAGCACCGGAUCAACAACAAGAAGGAUAGAGCUGCAAUAAAUGAUUGUGUUGAGCUGAUGGACAUUUCCAUAGACAGAGUAGUGGAUUCUAUCAAAGCUCUCCAGAAUCAUAGCGUGUAUUCCUAUGGAGAUGCUCAUGCAUGGCUCAGUAGCGUCCUCACCAACCAUGUCACGUGCUUAGAUGGUCUAGAGGGACAAGCCAAGACAUUGAUGAAGGACAUGGUCAAGGACUUGAUAGCAAGGGCAAGAACUUCUUUAGCCAUGCUGGUUUCAAUUUCACCGCCGAAAGACAAAGAGUUGGAGUUGUUGAAUGGGGAAUUUCCGACAUGGGUCAGGAGCGGAGAUCGGAGGCUUUUGCAAUCUUUGCCUAAUGAAAUUAAGGCUAACGUUGUUGUGGCAAAAGAUGGGAGUGGGAAAUACAAGACAGUGAAAGGAGCUGUAGAUUCUGCACCACAGAAUAGCAAGGUGAGGUACAUUAUUUAUGUGAAAAAGGGCAUCUACAAAGAGAAUGUUGAGAUAGGGAAGAACAAAAAGAAUUUGAUGCUUGUUGGAGAUGGUAUGACUUCCACUAUAAUCACUGGAAGUCUCAAUUACAUUGAUGGGACUACCACUUUCAAAUCUGCUACUGUAGCUGCUGUAGGAGAUGGAUUUAUUGCCCAAGACAUUGGGUUCCAAAACACAGCUGGGCCACGAAAACACCAAGCAGUUGCACUUCGUGUUGGGGCUGAUAGAUCGGUCAUAAACCGAUGCUUCAUUGCCGCUUACCAAGACACUCUCUAUGCUCACUCCAACAGACAAUUCUACAAAGAGUCGUACAUUACUGGGACGGUGGAUUUCAUCUUCGGAAAUGCAGCAGUCGUCUUUCAAAGCUGCAAACUUGCGGCCCGAAGGCCCAUGAGUGGACAGAAAAACAUGGUUACAGCCCAAGGCCGUACAGAUAAAUUCCAAAACACCGGGACUUCGAUCCAAAGAUGCGAGAUCAUCGCGAGCUCCGACUUGAAGCCCGUGAAGGCCUCGUUUCCAACAUAUUUGGGCCGUCCUUGGAAGGAAUACUCGAGGACUGUCGUUAUGCAAAGUACUAUUGGCAACCAUAUUGAUCCGGCCGGAUGGUCCGUUUGGAAUGAUUCUCCUUAUACAUUGAAGACGUUGUAUUAUGGGGAGUAUGCAAAUAAGGGCCCAGGUGCCGGUCUUAGCAAGAGAGUUAAAUGGCCCGGUUACCAUAUCAUUACAAGCCCAAAAGAGGCCCAUAAUUUCACUGUAGCUGAGUUGAUUCAAGGGGGCUCCUGGUUGAAAGAUACUGGUGUGGCAUAUAUUGAGGGCUUGUGAUUUGUUUUAGCGGCAUGUGCACUAUAUAUGUGUAUAUAUAUAUAUAUAUAUAUAAAAGAAAAUUUUAUAAUGGGGACGGUUUGCAUGAGAAUCGCAGUAUUAGUGAUUGUUUUUUAUAAUAUUAAUGAUAGUUUUUUAAAAAAUUAUUUCUAAUAUUAUAAAAAAUUGUUACUAAUACUGUAUUCCGUAUAAGAUCCGUUCCCAUCAUAGAUAUAUAUAUAAAUAUAUAUAUAUAUAUAUAUAUAUUCUUUUUUUCUUUCUUUUUUUUUUCUUUUUGGUAAUGGGUACCUGUCUACUGCUUCUAUCUUAUGUAACCUAGUGACAAAUGUACUCUGUUUUGUUCUGAAUAAAAUGCAGAAAUGAUCU